UUGAUAAAAGUCAUUGGAUUAAUGAAAAUAAUACAAAUAGUGUUUAUAAGUAUAAAUUUUAUAAUCAUAUAAAAUAUUUUACUACCAUGGCAUCUAGAAGUUUGACUGAAGUAUUUGUAUUAAUGCGAAAUAAUGCUAUACACAGUCGACAAAUAUUUUCGGAACAGGCCAAUGACCAUGAAAAAGUUAGACUUAUGCGGUCUAAUUCUCAUGAUAUGGAAGCUGGCAUGGAACUGAGAUCAGAGUCAGAUGCACCACCAUCAUGGAGCGAUUGUUUGGAAGAAACCCAUUACAUUAUCUCAAGGUUAAAGAGCAAAAUAUCAGAGUUGCAAGCUCGCCACGAGCGGCAGAUCCGGCGGCCGGCGUUGGACGACAGCGGUGAGCAGCAACACAUCGAGAGAGUGGCAGCGGAUAUUGGGAAGCACUUCACGCAGGCGCACGCGAGGAUCAGCAAUAUUAGGGCGCAAGUUCGACACGGUAAUAAAUCCGAACAGAAACUAGCAAACAAUGUAGUUUUAGCUCUAGUGACAACAUUACAAGAUCUCAGUAUAACCUUCCGAUCCGCACAAUCGAAUUAUCUCAAAUCACUAACAUCAAGGGAAGAGCGAUCGAAUGUUUACUUCGAUCUACCUAAUUUCGAGGAACUUAGCCUCGAUGACAACGAGCUCCUCCCCGGACUAACGAACAACCAGACAGACUUACUGUUCGCAUUACCCAGCACGUCUAACUACGAGGAAGAAGGUAGAAAUUUGAACCAGAAACAACUCUUGCUCAUGGAAGAAGAAAACACCCAAAUGAUAGCGGAAAGGGAGAAAGAAGUGAACAAAAUUGUACGUUCAAUAGUCGAUCUGAAUGACAUUUUCAAAGAUCUGGCCCACAUGGUCCACGAACAAGGGACCAUAUUGGAUCGAAUCGAUUAUAACAUCGAACAGACCCAGGUACAAGUUCACGAAGGCUACAAGCAGUUGCAGAAAGCAGAACGGUACCAACGGAAGAAUAGAAAGAUGCAUUGUAUACUUAUAUUAGCAGUUGUCGUUAUAGUUAUGGCAAUAUUGUUGAUUAUUGUUAAGAGUUAGCUUAACGCCACGCCCAGGACUGGGUUUGAUUAAGGAGCUAGCGAAAACAAGGGAUUUCGUAAGCUAUUCGAUUCUCAGAGGACAAUUCGUCAAAGUUUAUGACAUUUAAUGACUUCCAUUUAUACAAGACUAAAGAUAUUUCCUUGAUUACUCUUAGUAUCACAGAAUCCAGCUUGAUACUUGCUUGCAAAGGUAUAUAGCAAUGAGUUUAAAAUAUAAAAAGUAUACCAUAGAUAUUAAAAAUAAGAAUAGAAUAGAUUCUAUGUGUCUUAUAAUCUAUGAAGCAAUAGAUAUCAUGCAGAUACAGACUAACUAAGACAAUGAUUUCAUAUUUAAUAUGCUAAAUAUUUUCGCAAGUACCCAAUUGUUACUGUUUUUAUUUUUGGAGAUUUUUUAAACCUCCCAGUUACACCUUAACUAGCUAACUAAUAUUUUAACAAAAAUGAGUCCAGAGAUAGUUUUCCUGUUAAUUAGAAGACUAAAAUGACAUAUUCUAUGGAUAUUUGUUACCAGUUGUAAAAAUUAGAGUCCGAUGCUGUACAGUACAUAAUGCUAAUAGUCAUAAAGAACAAUAUUUAAUAAGAGCAGACCAGAAAAAUACCAGUAAAAUGUUAUUGUAGUUAGAAAAAAAUGUGAAAGGUAACAGAAGUUUUUUGAGUAUUGUAAAUUUACUCGAUUGAAAACAAAUUUUAACAUAAUCAUUAAAUAAAGUGAGAAAAUAGCUUUUGUACAAAAUAUUGAAACUUAUAAAAUAUUUAAUUAAUUUAUUAAGUAGGUAUUAUUUACUUAUUAUAAAUAUUAUUUUAGCAAAUCCAUAACUGAGAUGGUGCGAUUAUAAUUAAUAUAUUCUAGUCCCUAUUUAUAUUAGGAUAAGUUAGUUGUAAUAAACAUAUUCCUCGCUUAUUUUAUUUCAACAAAAGAUAAAGUGAGCAAUAUUUAUGAACACAUGUUGAAAUAUAGAUACUUACAAAUUCAAACACACUCUUUGAAUAUGCUGCUUAAAAUAUUGUAAUGCAGCUUACAGCUUUAGCAAUGGCAUUGAUUCCUUAUUCUAGCUAUCACUAAAAUAUCAAAUGAUUACUUGAACUGAAAAUGUUUGUGUGCAAAACAUCGGGAUCUGCCAUAAAAUAUUUAAUUUGGGAUAUAUUUAUGUUUUAUAUGUUUAGUGCGCAUGUUUGACACAAUAAUUCGGAAAUAUAUGUACCUACUUGAUUAAGGCUUGUGACUUGUAUUUGCAAUGAAUAUAAGAGAAGUGUUUGUUACUCUAUGUGUAUAUUUAUCAAUAUUUUAACAUUUUAAUAAUUCAUUUUAGAAUAAUGAACUGCCCAGUGCCUAGUUUACACAAUUCCUCUUUUGUGUUGCCAGAUAGCGAAAAAAGCCGAAACCUAGAUGUUAGAGGUUUGAAUGUGUGAGUGCCAAUGGAAAAUCAUUAUUUAUUUUCUCUCAACUAAAUAAUUUUUUAUACAUAUUGUAUCUUCGAAUUGUUAUAGUUUAAAACGGUGAAUGUUUGUGCACUAACGGUAUAUCAAUUCCCGAGAGACAUUGAGACCACCAGAGAUCCCUUUCCUUUUUCUCACUCUUUCCAUUCCAUUUCCCUUAAAAGCGUCAAAAUUCUAAUCUAGGGAAAGAGUCAUAGACUUUUUUGUUUAUGUUAAAAGUAUCCUUGUCUUUUUGAUUUCCAAAGUAUUGUUAUUUUUACAUUUGUAAUCAAAUUUAAAAAUAAUUAAAAGGGAUCAUUCCAAUUAAUUAAACACUUAAUUUAAGAAAAUAAAGUUACUUAUCAUUGUUAAAAGUUGUUAUCUAUGGAAUAAUUAUUAGAAAUAAUAAAUGUGUAUUUAUAAU